UUCUCCGUCGUUGAUCCUUCACCCGCGGCAGUCAAAGCUAGGCCAGCAGUGCGGCGGAGCCUUGGAUCGCCGCUUCCCGCAUCAGAUCAACCACAUAAUCGUCGGAAAUCUUGGGGAUCUGGAGAUCGUCUUGAUGGCGUAUGAUGACGGCGACGUGGUUGCAUACUACACUCAUGCCAUCGUCCGCUUCAUCAAGCUCGAACCUUCACGAAGUGACCGUCUUCGCCUUUGCUCUCAAGACACGCACCACAGACCUCUUCGCGCUCCUUGUCCAAGAGCCUUCCCCGAGGACCACCUCCGGCCUGCCCGCGCUCCAGCUGCAGAAACACCUUCAGCAAAGGUCGAGGACGUGGCGGAUCAUUCUCCCAACUGGCCGAGGGGGUAACAACAUUCCCAACAUCUGCUUCCUGGAUGACGAGACCGGCAACGCAGACAAGGUGGUUGCUGUUGACAUUAUCGGCACCGUGUGGAUCCUCGACAUAUGGAAUGUCGGCACGCAGCCUAUCCGGUGGCCCGACGCUUAUACGAGGGAACCUCAGAUGGCUCACGGUGUGAGGGGCUGGGGUGUCCUGGUCCUGCCCUACAGCAGCUUCCAGCCCGUGAAGACGGUCCGUGAAGCGCUCGGCCUUCCUGCUGGGGAGGUGAUUCCCGUCACCAAGUCCGAGUCAACCAGCCGGCUGUGGCUCGACGUCACCUGCAGCCUGUACUACGUCAAGGGGUUCUCACCGAACCCGGACAACAUAUUUCGGCAGCGACACACUCGGCUCGACUAUGCCAGGACGCAUGCCGCGAAAUCCGAGUGCCAAGAGGACGAUUUCACGGACGCUUGGGUGAGCGAUUCCGAAGACGACGAAGGUAUCUGCAUGACAGACCCUCGGGAAGCCGAAGGGGAAGGGCCGCUGCAUUCUGUGGCCGCAGGCCAGGAGCCCGACAGGUGGUUGACCAUCACCCAGCCUGUGGGGAUUCCUGAUUCCUGCUUUCACGACUUAUCCGGUGAUACCCAGAUGAGCCGAUCCAUCAUCCCCAGCUUCGGUGAGACGCCACCGCUAGGCGAUAACCUCGCCGCGCAUGCGUACUUCAACGGGCAGUACAGCGACAGGCAGCGCAGGACGAAACACGUUGACUUCGCCAAGGCUGACCUGCCCAGCCAUGUCGUCAAGGGCUUUUGCCUACUCCGGACCUCGCCGACUGACGUCGAGCUCCAGCCCUUCGACCGCGAAGCACCCUGCGUCGAGUGCAAGUAUCUGAUCACCCACAGCAACCACUUUGGAGGCGCCGGCGCGCCAUGGGACCUCCACCCGGCGUACUCGGAGCGCCUCAGCAUGCUCAUCCACGUGCCCGAACUGAGCCUGGUCGUGGCCGGCUCGCCCACGGGGCGCGUCGCUCUGUUGACGCUGACAAGGACGGCCAGGCGGCUGCACAUGGCAACCGUACGGCAUGGGUUCCGAGUGGAGUGCGUCCUGCCUCGCAAGGAAGAGGAGGACAAGAAGUUACGUCCCGCGUGCACCCUGAUUGGAGUCGCCAUGUCGCCGGCGCCGUCUCGGCGCAGUCAGGCGCUCGAGCUGAGGCCGGAGACCGAGGCGUCCGUGCCGUCGGCAUCGACCGUGUACCGGCUCAUAUUGCACUACAAGGACCACACGAUCCUCAUGUAUGAUGUUGCCAGAGGAAAGGAUGACGAGGCUCUGUUGAUCUUUUGAGGCGGCGUUGAACUACCUGCCCUUUUUGUUCACAGCGGCCGCGUGUCGUGCUCGUAUCGUGGGGAUACGGCUGCGCGUGACCACCACGGGAAGGGAUCGUCGGGAAUCUGGCUGCUUGCAGGAUGAACCCUGGGGGGGGGUUGGC